AUGCUUACCCCCUUCAUUCUUGCAGUGCUUUUCGCAUCCAUUUCAUUCGCUGAAAUCUAUAGCAUUCCAUCGUACGAUUAUGUGAUUGUUGGCAGAGGUACUGCAGGUCUUGCCCUAGCCAACAGACUCUCUAGCAAUUUCAGUGUCGCAGUCAUUGAAGCUGGAGGGUACUAUCACGUAAUCGAAAAUGGAACUGCACAGGUCCCGGGCUUGGACAUUCUGGUAGCUGGCAUGAGUCCGGAAGACGUUAUUGACACGGAUUGGAAAUUUAUCAGCCUCAAGCAGGAGCCAAUGGGCGUGAACUUCAUUAUGCUCGUGGAAAGUGCCUUGGUGGCAGGUGCGAGCAUUGACAAGACUGGGAUGAUCGGAACGUCCGAAUCUUAUGAGCAAUGGGCCGAUUCUGUUGGCGACGAAAGUUACGCCUUUGACGAGUUUCUGCCGACGCCCAAUGCCUCAGCUCGAUACAACGAAUCAGCAUACGACUCAGAAGGUGGUCCCGUGCAAAUAACGUAUCCAGACUAUGCCUCGCCGUUCUCGAAUUGGCUCGGUGGAUCUAUGGCUGAGGUAGGUAUUCCAUUGACGGAUGAUUUCCAUUCUGGUGUGUUGGAUGGCGCCAAGUUCUGUGAAGUCACGAUCAACCCAAAGACCAAGCUUCGAGACUCGUCACAGACGUCCACUGGCCACGAUUUGGCAUGCCGCGGGAACUUGUGGAAUGGGAAGACAGGAAGACCCGAUGGCGGUGGUGGAUAG